UGCAUGGAUGGCUCGGCUCGAGCCUGAGGUUUGGCGCUGCGGCUUGGAGUUGCCAGUCACGUGAGAAGGAACUUUCAACAUCAACUUCAAGUUCACAAGAAACUUGGAAGAUUAUAUUGGCGCCGUGAUUGCCGGCUCAGUCGAAGCUUAGGUUGCCUUGAGCUCUGCUAUGCUAAUAGUCUGUUUUGCUUCCUUGAAUGUUCUGCUCAACCGUGCCCCUCUGAAGGUCGUCCUUAUCUUAGCUGCAUAGCACAACUCCUCAUGCGGACAGAUUACCAAGAAGGCGACCAGCUAGAGCACUUAAGAAAAGAGGUUCUUAAACCAAAAGAACAAAGGUACACAGACGUUGUAUGAUCAGUUAGCUUGAAGUGACAACACAUCGUCAUCUCUGGGGGCUGUGGAAUUUGUUCACGACCACUAUGGUAGACAAGGAGGGAGGAAGCGUCUGCCCGCACUGUAAAAAGGUGAUAUCGACCGCCAACUUCGAUCUUCAUGCUGUCCACUGCAAACGGAAUCUGGAAAAGUGUCAGCGAUGCGGGGAGAUGGUGGCAAGGGUCAGAGCUGCGGAGCACUUCGAUGAAUUCCAUGCUCUGGUCCCCUGUACUUUAUGUCAAGCAAAGAUCGAGGUUUCAGAUCUUGCAAGACACAACCUCAACCAAUGUCCUAAGCGCGAGACCAUUUGUCCUUAUUGCGAGUUCAGCAUGCCGGCUGAAGAUUCUGUAGAACACGAGUACUUUUGCGGUAGCAGGACGGACCUCUGUGUGUACUGCAAUAAGUACAUAACGAAUCGGGAGAGACUAGGACACGAUGUCAUGGUUCAUGGCUUCGAAUAUGAUAAGGAAGUCAAAACGAGUGGGGACGGAAGCAGUAGUGCAGAACCUGUGGAAGUAAGUAGUCAAAGUAGGGGCCCGGGGCAAAGAAGCGGCAACCAUUUGCGAAAGCUCUGGGUGACGGCAGCAUUGGGGGCUGCUGUUUUCCUGGUGAGCGCUUACUUUGGUCGAAGACCAACAGCACGUGGAGCCUCGUAGUUUUAUAAGCCCUAUGUUCCGAUUUUUUGAUCAAUAUUCUGCAUAAGAGUGUUCACUACG